AUGGCGUCGCCGUUCUCCGUCCCCUCGCUGAUCAUGGAGGAGGAAGGGCGGUUCGAGGCGGAGGUGGCGGAGGUGGAGUCGUGGUGGACCACGGAGCGGUUCCGGCUCACCAAGCGUCCCUACACCGCCCGCGACGUGGUCCUCCUCCGGGGCACGCUCCGGCAGAGCUACGCCUCCGGCGAGAUGGCCAAGAAGCUGUGGCGCACGCUCAAGGCGCACCAGGCCGGUGGCACGGCGUCCCGCACCUUCGGCGCGCUGGACCCGGUCCAGGUCACCAUGAUGGCCAAGCACCUGGACACCAUCUACGUCUCCGGGUGGCAGUGCUCGUCCACGCACACCUCCACCAACGAGCCCGGCCCGGACCUCGCCGACUACCCCUACGACACCGUGCCCAACAAGGUGGAGCACCUCUUCUUCGCGCAGCUCUACCACGACCGCAAGCAGCGGGAGGCGCGCAUGUCGCUGCCCCGCGCCGACCGCGCGCGGGCGCCCUACGUCGACUUCCUCAAGCCCAUCAUCGCCGACGGCGACACCGGCUUCGGCGGCGCCACGGCCACCGUCAAGCUCUGCAAGCUCUUCGUCGAGCGCGGGGCGGCGGGCGUCCACCUCGAGGACCAGUCGUCCGUCACCAAGAAGUGCGGCCACAUGGCGGGCAAGGUGCUCGUCGCGGUGUCGGAGCACGUCAACCGCCUCGUCGCCGCGCGGCUCCAGUUCGACGUCAUGGGCGUCGAGACCGUCCUCGUCGCGCGCACCGACGCUGUCGCCGCCACGCUGAUCCAGACCAACGUCGACGCGCGCGACCACCAGUUCAUACUCGGCGCCACCAACCCGCGCCUCAUGGGCCGGAGCCUCGCGGCCGUGCUGUCGGAGGGCAUGUCGGCCGGCAAGAGCGGCAGGGAGCUGCAGGCCAUCGAGGACGAGUGGCUUGCCGCGGCGCAGCUCAAGACCUUCUCCGACUGCGUCAGGGACGCCAUCGCGGGCCUCGCCGUCUCCGCCCAGGAGAAGCAGGGCAGGCUCCAGGAGUGGGACCGCGCCACCGGCGGCUACGACAGGUGCGUGUCCAACGAGCAGGCGCGCAACAUCGCCGCGAGCCUCGGCGUCGCGUCCGUGUUCUGGGACUGGGACCUCCCGCGGACCAGGGAAGGGUUCUACCGCUUCCGGGGCUCCGUGGCAGCCGCCGUGGUCCGGGGCCGCGCCUUCGCGCCGCACGCCGACGUGCUGUGGAUGGAGACGUCCAGCCCCAACGUGGCCGAGUGCACUGCCUUCGCCGAGGGCGUCACGGCGGCGUGCCCCGAGGCGAUGCUCGCCUACAACCUCUCGCCGUCCUUCAACUGGGACGCGUCCGGGAUGACGGACGCCGAGAUGGCGGCCUUCAUCCCCAGCGUCGCCCGCCUCGGGUACGUCUGGCAGUUCAUCACGCUCGCCGGGUUCCACGCCGACGCGCUCGUCACCGACACGUUCGCGCGGGACUUCGCGCGGCGCGGCAUGCUGGCCUACGUGGAGAGGAUCCAGAGGGAGGAGAGGAUCAACGGCGUGGAGACGCUGGAGCAUCAGAAGUGGUCGGGCGCCAAUUUCUAUGACAGGGUGCUCAAGACUGUGCAGGGUGGCUUCUCCUCAACUGCAGCCAUGGGCAAAGGCAAGUGCCUCAUUUCAUUUAACUCCAGUGCUUUUUGA